AUGGAGACCGAGCUAAUUCCAGGACUACCCGACGAUGUCGCUCUGCAGUGCCUCCUCCGCCUCCCCUUCUACUCCAUCUCCGUUGCACGAGGCGUCUGCAGGCGGUGGCGUCUAGCCUUUUACGAGCCAGGCACGGGCGCCUGGGGGGUCCGACCGUUGACAGACGACAACCUCCGCGGCAAGCAGCAUUGCUGGCAUGUUGUGGUCGUCGGGCGAGAGCUGGUGUUGGUUGGCGGGUGGGAUGAAUCAAACUGGAAGGACACCGCGGAAGUCAACAUCUACGAUCUAGUCACCGGCGACUGGCGUCCCGGGGCUCCUAUUCCGCGCCCCAUGCAGGAUGGCUGCGACUUUGUCGUCGGGCCACGGAACGUGUUCGUAUCUGGCUGGAAGGACAAUCUAUCGUCGAUGUUAGUUUAUGACACGGCAACCGACGCGUGGAUGGACUACCACGUGGCGACCCAGGAGCCGAGUUGGUGCCCAUGGUCGGGGUUCAUGUCGGUCGCCGACCUCGCCGCCCACGAGGAGGAAAUGAUGUACGAAUGCCGGGAGAGAGAGGAGGACGAGAAAUUGGAGGUGGUUACAUGGUGCGACGACGACAAAGCAAACUUGUGGCGGGGCUUGGGAUUGUCGCCGGACAACUUAUUUAAUUACCGCCGACAAUUCUUUGUCUUCCAAUUCUAA